AUGCUUGCGUAUCGCAUAGGUGGUAAACCAACGGAACGUGGUAUGCUUUCUGAACCGCUUCCAUCGUGGCUAACUUCCCCUUUUAGCAAAUUCUCUCAACUUGGAAUUUUCGAGGCUUGUUCAAAAUUUAAAUUACCAAAUCAUUGUUUAAUUAAUGAGUACGAAUCUGGUCAAGGGAUAAUGCCACAUGAGGACGGUCCAUUUUACUAUCCUACAGUGGCAACGAUCUCAAUGAAAUCACAUACUAUUCUUAAUUUCUAUAAGCACCGCGUCAUCGAAGAUUCUGACGUGGAACAGAAUGAGCCCAACACCAUGCCAAACUUUUCAUUACUUAUUGAACCGCGAAGUCUAUUGGUGCUUCAAGAUGCUUUAUACACAACUUACCUACACGGAAUCGAAAAAAGAAACUCUGAUAACUUACACGAGAAAAAUCUAAUGAAUUUGUCGAAUGAUAUUGAUAAAGAUGUAAUUUUGGAAAGGGACACAAGAGUUAGUUUGACUUACCGUGUGGUAGAAAAAGUUGCAAAAGCAAAAUUAUUUAAUAUUAAAUAA